GCUACCCUCUACAGCAGCCCCGAAGGGACACCACCAGCUUCGAGACAACAUGAGAGGACUCCCCGUUAUCGUUCUGCUGAUGCUCGGCCUUCUGGGAGACUCGCUUGGCGUGACCGUCUCAGAUGGAGAAGGCUACAGCUUCUCCCUGGAGUCAGUGAAGGUGCUGAAGAGGCUGAUGGAGAAGGAUGCGAUGGAGAGGCUGAUGGAGAUGGAGGCCCGUGCUAGCGCCCGCAUGGUCCCUCACCGUCUCGCCCCCGCGCGACCGCUCUGUAGCAACCCCACCCUGCCACAGGAGCUGAAGCCCGUCUGUCUGGACCCCCGGUCAGACGAGGUCUUCGCCAGGUUUGCCGAAUUUAUCACCCCCUCCGACCUCUGCGAGAUCUGUGCCUAUCCGGCGUGCACCGGCUGCAUAUAUUAAUGCGCCUGACGACCUCCAGCCAUCACCUACCUGGCUUGUACACAAUUCCGAAUUUUAGAACUGGCCUCCAUUCAAUUCAUGAAUUGGAAUUUGAAUUGAAUUGGCCCCACCCCACAGGAAGUUGAAUUGGAAUUGGAAUUGGAAUGACAGGAAGUGGAAUUCAAUUCAUGGCAAUUCAAAACAAUUCCAGUCACAUAACAGGAAGAAUGUGUUGAAUCUCAUACAUUCAGUUUUGGGAAGGUUACUUUGGAAAUGUAAUUGAUUACUGUUUUCAGUUAUAAGUUGUGUGUUUGUUGCGAUCAUAUCUGACAUAUUUUGUGAAACUUCAUUGUUAAACACCCUUAAAUUAUUUAUAUGAAUUUCUUUGAAUUUCAUUGAAUUUAAAUUCUACUUCCUUUAAUUCAAAUUCAAAUUGUAAUUCUGCAUCUUGUUUUUGACCUCAAUUCAAAUUAAAUUCAAACUCAAGAAUUUGAUUGGAAUUUAGGAGUCAUUCUCAAUUCAAUUCUGAAUUUUGCACAAGCCUGUCACCUACUGAAGACUCCACCACAGGAGAAGAAAAGCAGAUCACAACUCACAAGCACGGCUCAUCAUUCACUUCAAAGCCUUUUUAAACCAAAACUCAUAAUGUAACUCAAACUAAUAUGUAAAGGUCACUGUUACUGCACAUGAGCGAAAGCCUUCCUUUAAAUAUAUAUAUAUAUAGAUGUAAUGUAUAGAUAUAUAUGUUGUUUUCUUUAUGUAGCAUCGUUUCACUUUCACUACAUAAUUAUGGGUGUACAUCCUGGAAAGGCCAAGUACAUCCCUACACUGUUGACUGAUUAACGGCACAUCAAUCACUUCCACACACCGGCAUGCUCUGAGCAUCUGUAAUUUAGGCCUGUAAUGUCCUUGGCAGGAGCACAUGAGUCACUGAGCCCUGAGCCCUGUGCCUUCUCUGUGACACCUGAUAGAUUUCUGAGCUUGUUGUGCCGGAGUUGAGCUGAUGUGCAGCCGGAUGUGUGGAGAGCGUGAUCAGAUUCUGUGAGGAGGUGCUGGCCUCUAGUGUGGGGUGACUGCAAAUUAUGGUUAAAGAACUAAAACAUGAUUCCAUCAGCCAGAUUCCAGAUUUUCCAUGCUAUGAUACUUUUUAAAAAAUCUUUCUAAUUUCUUUCUAAUUCUAAUAUAUUCUAUUCACAUAUGUAUCAGUUUUGUAACAUUUUUAUUUUUCAAACUAUUCAAGUUUUAUCUCAGAAUUGUUUUAUGUUAAAUGGAGAGUAGAUACAGUACCUUGUGUAUUUACUACAGAUUGCACUGCCCUUAGCACACUCCUAACAUUUGUAUUUUGAAAUGAAAACACUGUGCUUAAAUGUGUAACGGGGUAAUUGUCCGUGUCCAUUUGUGUCCAUUGUCCACUCUUGAAGUGUCAAAAUAACAAUAAUGUUCAUAUAUACAGUACAUACUGUAUGCAGAUCACGUUACUACUGACAGUUUUAUAAUAAUACUACAGUAUACUGUUCUGUGAAUGAUACAAUCAAGCAAUCAAAUGUGACAGCCUCAUCCUGCGGCAUCAUUGUAAAUGUAUAGAGAAUGCCUGAUGAAAGUAUCGUGGUGUAUCAAAGGUGGGUGACAACUUUAUAUGGCACCAAAAAGUAUGAGGCCAGGAAGUGCCUUAUCAUGGCUCUCCUCUCUACAGUCUGCUUCGGCUGCAUUAGGUAUAGCUAAUAACGUCUCCUCCGUGAUUUGUUUCCCCUGUCAUGUUUAUUCAUGUGUAGAACAAUUUCAGUUCUGACCAUCUUAGCUUGCCUGUUAUAUGUUUUAAAAGUGACUUCACGACUUCUCACAGGACUAAGU